AUCCAUCAUUCAUCAGUCACAUCACUGCCAUCUGGAUGGAGGGCGUUACUAUAAAGAUUGAAGAUAUUUAAAUUCAAAUAUUAUUACGCGAAAAUAUCGUGUGUUUAAUUGGUCUGAUAUUAUUGAUGAAAAUAUUUUUUUGAAAUGUUUUCUACAGUUCCUAGGUCAUUGUUAUGUUGCACGAACGUAAUAGUCCCGAACAGGGCGUUAGCGUUCGCGCUCACCAAAUGUCCGUUCCUCGAGAACCCCAAUCUGCAAUGUCGGGAGUACCACGAGGUCACCGGUAAUAUUGUGUGCCCGAACGUGGUUAGAGGCAUCGAUCAUCUCAGGGAUCCUAGAUUGAACAAGGGUCUAGCGUUCACAUUGGAAGAACGACAAGCUCUCGGCAUUCAUGGCCUCUUAGCUGCCAAGUUCAAAAGUCAGGAGGAACAGCUGGAUAUUUGCAGGAUAUCCAUCGACAGAUACGAGGACAACCUCAAUAAAUAUCUCUACCUCGUCGAGUUACAGGAUAGAAAUGAAAAGUUGUUCUUCCGACUCCUUGCUGAGAACGUGGAGAAAUAUCUACCCAUUGUAUACACUCCGACCGUGGGAUUGGCCUGCCAGAGAUUCGGUCUCAUUUACAGAAGACCCAGGGGUCUUUUCAUCACUAUCAACGACAAAGGACAUAUUUUUAAUAUUUUGAAGAAUUGGCCCGAACCAGAUGUACGAGCGAUAGUGUUUACGGACGGCGAGCGUAUCUUGGGCCUGGGAGAUCUGGGCGCCUACGGUAUGGGCAUACCGGUCGGCAAGCUGUCACUGUACACCGCACUUGCCGGGAUAAAACCGCACCAGUGUCUGCCCAUAACGUUGGAUGUUGGCACUGACAACCAGGACCUAUUGGAGGACCCAUUAUACAUUGGUUUGCGGCAGAAACGCGUGCGAGGAAAGGAGUACGAUGAAUUUAUUGACGAGUUCAUGGAAGCCUGUGUGCAAAGAUAUGGCCAAAAUACACUGCUACAAUUUGAGGACUUCGCUUUGGGGAACGCUGGUCGCCUCUUGAAUAAGUAUCGCAACAAGUACUGCACAUUCAACGACGACAUCCAAGGCACUGCCAGUGUGGCCGUCGCAGGACUGAUGGCUGCCGUCAGGGUCACCAAGAGGAAGCUCAGUGAGAACAUAUAUCUGUUCCUUGGCGCUGGAUCUGCCUCCAACGGCAUUGCCAAUCUAACAGUCGCGGCUAUGGUCGCCGAAGGUCUCUCCGUGAGGCAGGCUCGCGAUCGCGUAUACAUGUUCGACGUAGACGGACUGCUGUCGACGCGUCGUGAGGGCGGUGUGCCUGAACACGCCCAGAAUUUCGGCAAGGAUAUCGAGCCGGAGAAAGAUUUUGAAAAGUGCGUCGCUAAAAUAAAGCCGAGCUGUCUCAUUGGUUGCUCCACCGUGGGUGGUGCUUUCACACCCAACGUAUUGCGUCAAAUGGCGCAGAAUACAGAGCGACCGGUCAUUUUUGCUCUCUCUAAUCCGACAAGCAAAGCCGAGUGCACCGCUCAAGACGCGUACGACCAUACGGAGGGUCGUUGCGUAUUCGCGUCUGGCUCACCGUUCCCACCAGUACAAUACAACGGCAAGGAGUACCAUACGGGGCAGGGCAAUAAUUCGUACAUUUUCCCCGGAGUCGCACUUGGUGUCAUUGCCACCGCUACCCACCACAUACCGGAGACUAUGUUCUUGACUGCCGCAAGAACAUUAGCAAACUACGUAAGUGAAGAAGAUCUGUCAAUCGGCCGCAUAUAUCCGUCGUUGGCCGAGGUGAAGGAAGUGUCGGUUUCUAUUGCUAUUGAAGUCGCUAAGAUGGCAUACGAUGAAGGUUUGGCGUCUGUUUACCCCGAGCCAAAAGAUCUCGCGAAACACGUCGAGAAUCAAAUGUAUAACUAUUUUUACGAGAGCGCUAUGCCAGUGGUGUGGGAUUGGAAACCAGAAGAGAAAUUCAACGUAAAACCUAUUCAACCAGUACCGAAGAACAUCUAAACAGUAUUAUUAUUUUAUUAUUUAUUUUAUUGUAUAAGAGCAAAACACAUCGCCUCACGUACUGUAAGAGUCAACUACAAUGGACACAUGACGCUUUUAUGGGAGUGUUCAAUAUUAUGUUAAAUAAUAUUACAAUAUGAAUUAAGGAUUUAAGAAUGCAUCUGUAUGUCACUUUAUAGACGUAUGUUAUUUGGAAAGUAGGGCUUUGGUCCAGUUGCGUGACUCGUAACGCUGGCGUUAAACGACACAUUUUCGUGAUAACACGAAGAACUUGAUAUAGAUUUAUUGUACGAGAAUAAUUAACAAUUCUAAUACCAAAGACAAUUAUUUUAUUUAAAAUAUUUUAUGUCUUUGGUUUCACGAGAUUUCAUGAAUCUUUAUAGAGUAACUGGAUCUAUUUGUAUUUCACGUAGUAUUUGUCUUAAUGUAUGUUUGUGUGCAAGGUAGUAAGUAGAAAUGCGAAUUGAAUCUACAUAAUAUAAUCAUGUUCAAAGUAAUAUACAAUGUUCGUCGAUGUAUGUUUAUCGUGGCCUUUGGAAUGAUUUAAUUUCAUGAAAUGUAUCUCAUUGGAGUUGGGAAUGUUUGGUACAAAAUAUAGCAAUGAAUUAUUAGUUCUUUGUCAAAAUAAUAAUAAAGACGAAAACUGACUUUUUAUAAUAUAAAUAUAUCAUAGCUCAUAAUUUUUUUUGUGACUAACAUCUGACACAUUUGGAGAUACUUAUAACUUAUUUUAUUACAGUUUGUUUUAACGUUUUUUUCUAAUCGCACUUUUGCUUGAAUUAAUAUUAUUUUUUAUUAUUUUUAAGAUUUAAAUGAAUGUUACAAAACGAAACAGUAUCUACUUACGAUGUAUUAUUUUAUGGAAUGGCAAAAAUUUUAAUGAUAAUUUGAUAUUAUACAAUAUAACUACAAAUGGAUUUUAAAGUAAUACUCUAGUCACCGCGGUAUUAAAACUAUAUUACGGAUAUCUAUCAUGCAGGUUUGUAAUUAUACAAUUAAUGUUAAGAUAAAACACAAUAACUUGGAUGUAAAUGAUUGUAGAAUAAAAAUAUAGCUCGGUUAGAAAAUUAUUCUAAUUAAAUGCAUAAAUUCGAUGAGGUAUAAUUGUAGUGGCACAAUUUUUUUUAUUAAUUUGUGAUCAUUUGCUCGAAUCUUUAAGACAUUAUAUAUCUAAAUAGCAGUUGUUAUACGAUUAUCAAAUGUCAUUAGUGUUUACAAAUUAUUUCUACUGUCCUGUCUAAAUUCGUAUUAUUUUUGUAAAUCGUUAAUUACGAUAAAAAAUUUUUAUCAAAAAUGACGUAUUUUGCAAGCUCGUUUAUUCUUCUAAAUAAGCGAAUAGUUUUGCCAAAAUUGCGACUUGGGACAAUUACAUAAACUUAAGGCUUGAAAAAGUGUAGCAAAAACAUACGUGAUAUGAUCGCGUCAGUUUGCUGUCAAGUUUUUUUUUUUUAAAUUAAAGUAGAAACAUGCUAAUCUUGGAUUUUCAAUAUAAUUGACAUAGAUAUUUUACACAUUUACGUAUGUUUGUGUAUAACGAAUUAAUGGAACUGUAAUUUAAUAAAAGUAGUAUGGAUUGUCUAAUUAAAUAUUGUAAAAAAGUUUGACGUGUAGUAAUCGUUAAUUGAUACUGCAGUAUGCCUCAGAUUAAGACAUUAAUUGCGGUUCAAUAAUUUGUGUUUAUUAUGCUGUGCUUGAAUGGAGACAGGCUAAAGUAACGUAGAAUCUAAAUGUGCAAAGAUUAAACAAAACAGCAAUUGUUAACUAUAUUUUCAGUAAUGAAUACUAGGAAACACGUUUUUGUAUUGUUCCAUAUUGUAUAAUUUACAUAGCCUUUACAUGAAAAAAUGAUAUUAAAUUUGACUACUUUAUUUAAAUAAUUUUAAGAAAAAUGUAUUUUACAUUUUAGUCAUUAACUUGAUCUAGAUUACCCUAUUGCAAAUUAUAGUAUUAUAAUUUUUAAAGUGAGACACAUUUCGCAAAGCGAAGAAAAUUUUUGUUAUUUAUUUAAUUUACAAAUAUUUUAAUGAUACAUAGUGAUUUUUAGCUGUGAAAAUAUACCUAAUUAUUUUUAAACUAUGAGUUAAUGUUAUCAAUCAUUCAAAAUAUACAUGUUUAAUUAAGCCCAGUUUGAUUCAAUGUUCUAUAGACAUGUUUUGUUGUGAAUGUUGUCAAUUAUCAUGCAAUAUGUUUACCAUGAUUUUGACUUAUGAGGGUCUAUUUAAUUUUACAGUUAGGUCAAUUACCUCUGCUCCCAUUGGCAACUGUAACGCAGCUUUUCGGCGUACCAAGUUGUAUGUUUAGUUAGUUCAAUUGUUACAUAAAUUAUAGAUGUUACUAAUUAAACAUGUUCGAAAUA